CCACCCUCCGCACCACAAUCGCCAGUCCGUGCUCUUUCCUGUCGUGUUGCAUGCAGAUGCUCUGCCCAAGUCGACUGGCUCUACCCUUAAGCGUAGCCUCAAGCGUAUUUCCCAGCCACGAGCACCAUCCACAUUGAUCCUCUAGACUAUGUUCUCGCUCACCAACCGUUUCGCAUCUCGUCUUGCGCUUUCCAGACCACAAACGAGUUCCCUCGCGAGCACAUACCAAGCCUUUCUGAAGAGGAUGGUGCACUUCGACAUUAUUACUGCAGAGGUGGACGGUCUAGCCCCCAAAGUGCUGUUGCAGAUCAACGAGAUCAAAGAGGUGAAAGGUAGCGGAAGCUCGACGUACAAGCUCAAGAGGCUAAGUGAUCACUACAGUUGUAGUUGCCCGGCAUGGGCGUUCCAGGGGCGGGGCAAAGCGCCCAAUCAGAGGAGCUGCAAGCAUCUGAAAGGCUUGCUUGGCAAUGAGUACGAGCUCAAGAGGACGGACGAAGGAAGCUCUGCUACAGCACAAGCAAUGACGGACGCUAAGAAAGCUGCUGCCAAGCCCUCUGGCAGAGGCAAACGAAAGGGUACCGACACUGCAACUUCAUCAUCAUCAGCAGACGCCUCUUCUAGCAAAAAGCGCAAGGUUUCGCAAGACGAAGGGGAUGCAGUUGAUGGCGUCGACAUCGGCAAUGGUCCCAUAGGAGCUGACGGCAAGCCUUUCAAAGGCGUCAUGCUUGCCAACAGCUGGAAACUUGAGGGCAAGAAGGAUCCUGCAGGAUAUUGGAUGUCAGAGAAGCUCGACGGCGUAAGGGGCCACUGGACCGGCAAAGCGUUUGUGAGCCGGACUGGAAAGCCGAUAGAUGCGCCGGACAGCCUCAAGAAACGCCUGCCGAAAGACGUGCAGCUGGAUGGGGAACUCUUUCGCGAUCGAGACGCAUUUGACGCUACAAGCGGCCAUAUUCGUUCUGGACCGGGAGGUGACUGGAGUAGCAUAUCUUUUCUGAUAUUCGACGUUACGGGGGUGGACAAGCCGGUGGAAGAGAGGUGGGAUAUGGCACGAAAAGUCGCACCUGAUGGUGAAAUGCUCGUGGAUGAUGUAAUCAAAGCCAAACGUUCAUGCGUGGCAUUCCUGGGCCAGGUCCGUUGCGAAAGCAAAGACCAUCUAGUCAAGUGGCUGCGCGAUGUCGAAGCCAAGGGAGGAGAAGGAGUGAUGCUUCGCCAGCCGGGAAGCGCUUACAAAAGCAGUCGAUCUGACGCCUUGCAAAAGGUAAAGUCUUUCUACGAUGCUGAGGCCAUCGUGGUCGGACACAACAAAGGAACAGGACGGCUGGCCAACGCAUGUGGUUCUUUGCGUUUGAAGAUGGCAAAUGGGUUGGAAUUCGACUGCGGCAGCGGUUUGACAGACUCUCUGCGUUUCGCUUUCAAGCCAGAGGUGGGAAAGAUAGUCGUGUACCGCUUUCAGGAUUUGUCGAUGGAUGGCACUCCAAGGUUUCCGACUUUUCAUGGGGAAGCUUUUGACAAGACGGAGCCAAAAGAUGCCGAUGUACGAUCUACCAAACUGAGAGCUGCAAAGAAAGCGUCAGAGCAGCAGCAGGCUGGAACGCCGACCGAGUCUGAAAGCGAAUCUUCAGCCAAGAAGAAGACAGUUCGCAAGAGUCGCAAGAAGGAGUAAAAAUGUGCCUGUACGCGUAACGAAGAAGAUUCCCCACCUCCAAAUGGACGCGGGUCCCCUUUGCCAAAUUUGGUUGCGAUUUUGCUUGAGGUACCCUCUCCACAAUGCGAUACCUUUGCCUGGUGGAGCAGAGCGAGCAUCAGACUGUAGCUACCACCAAAGACGGCACUGAGCUUCAUCCGCACACACGUAGCUAUUCGCGAUUCGCGACGUCGUCUUGAAGACUGCCUCCUUUCUUGACCACCACGAAUCGUGAA